UGGGAGAUGGGUGGCGGUUGUGUCUUGGGCCGCGCCUGGGGUGGCUGGCGGCGGGGUCCCGGGGUCCGCGCAGCGCCCAAGGCCGCAGCCUUUGGCACCGAGGGCCGGCAUCAGCGGCAGCCUCGAGGCUCCAGCAGACGGUCGGGGCCCCUGGAGGAGCGGCCCUUCCCGGGGCUGCUGCGGCCCCAGAACCUCAGCCGGAAGGAGCUGGUCGAUGUGCUGAGGGCAGCCGUGGUGGACCGGAAAGGACCUCUAGUGAUGUUGAACAAGCCACAGGGUCUGCCAGUGACAGGAAAACCAGGGGAGCUGACGCUGCUCUCGGUGCUGCCAGAGCUGAGCCAGUCCCUGGGGCUCGCGGAGCAGGAGCUCCAGGUGGUCCGAGCGGCUGGGAAGGAGACCUCUGGGCUUGUACUCCUCUCCAGUUGUCCCCAGACAGCAAGCCGUCUCCAGAAGUUCUUCCUCCAUGCACGGAGAGCCCAGAGACCCACAGCCACCUAUUGUGCUGUCACUGAGGGGGUCCCGGCUACUUCUGAGGGGAAGAUCCAAGCAGCUCUGAAACUGGAACACGUUGAUGGCGUCGAUCUUGUAGUUCCAGUGAAAUCUCCGUCCCGAAAGGACAUCCUGGAGGGUGUCAAGAGGACCCUCAGCCACUUCCGUGUGGUGGCCACAGGCUCCGGCUGUGCCCUGGUCCAGCUGCAGCCACUGACAGGUGGGUCUGGAGCCCCGGCCAGCCUUUACAACU